GCUGAGAAUAGGCGGGAUUUCCUUGUGAAUUUAGCAUUGCAGCUUCUGUUGAAGGGCACCUGUCUUACUCUGCUCGUACUGGGGUCGUGUGUUGAAGGACCAUCAACAAUCCACCAUGGGAGGACAUGAUGCCGGAAGCGAGCGCCAGUUCACUGGGUUUGCCAAGUACUUCAAUUCAUACACAAUCACAGGAAGGAGGAAUUGUGUUUUGGCCACAUAUGCUGGCAUAUUAGGCAUUGUCCUUUUCUACAAAUUGAAACCCAAGAAACAGGCUGCCGUCACAGAAAAGUGAUCAUGAUUCCAAUUUAACCAUCAUUUCUAUCAGCUGGGGCAGGAAGAAGCAGCUGCACAUGCUUGUAGUAAAAUAUGAUUGUUUGCUUUCUGUGUUAAAAAUAAAGAAAAUUUAUUCCCAAAA